UUCAAGGACCCUCUAUUCACUGUCCCUCUGUUUAUGUGCUGCCUGCUUCGAUAUUUCCAACCUGAUGUUAGAUCUGGACUGUCUAGAAUGAACCUGUUUAAAAAUUAGAUCUAUAUAAAAGAUUGCUUUUCUGAGGAUUGUAAGACCAUAUGAUUGUUGUCAACUUUAAAUAGCCAAUGUGAUUUUUAUUUCAACGUAAGUAUAAAAUAUUAAAUUUAAGCUUAGAGGAAAGAGGAUAAUAUAACUUUAUACAAACAUGGCACCAAUUAUUGCCUCACUCCUGUCCAGUUUUGCCAAUAUUGCCUUGAGAAACAAAGCUCAUGAUGAUGAUGUUGUGGACCAGUUAAACCACUGGGCUACCACAGGAUUACUCUUUGCUUUAGCUCUGGGCAUUGGUGCUAAACAAUAUGUUGGUGACCCUAUACACUGCUGGGUGCCUGCGGAGUACAGCAAGAAACACUUUCAGCAGUACUGUGACAGCUAUUGCUGGGUCCAUCCAAUGUACAAUGUACCAUUUGAGGAGACCAUUCCAAAGGCUGAAGAGGACAGGUGGUACAAUGACAUCAGCUACUAUAGAUGGGUCUUCAUCUUGUUCCUUAUUCAAGCUUUCUUAUUUUACUUCCCUCAUUUGGUCUGGCAAGAGCUAAAGAAGUAUUCUGGCCUAAAUGUUUCCAAAAUAGUUGCAAUGGCGCUGGACACAGCUAUGUUAACCCAAGAGAAAAGAGAGGAGAAAAUGCGCCACAUCACUCAUUUCAUUGAUCGGUGGCUAGUAACAUACUCUCAGUACAGGUAUAAUGCAUUGACCAAUUUCCGAGACAAGUGCUCUCGUGUCAUGUUUUGUUUUGGGAAGCGGUCUGGGACUUACCUCAGUGGCCUGUAUAUGUUAACCAAAAUUCUCUACUUUGUCAAUGUCAUUGGUCAGUUCUUUCUGCUCUCAGCCUUUUUGGAUAUCAAUUUCUGGACUUUUGGAUUUAGAGCUAUAGAGUCCUUGUUCAAAAAAGGCAACUGGCAGGACCACCACACAUUCCCCCGGGUGGGCUGGUGUGACUACAAGGUACGACAGCUCCAAAAUCUGCAGACCUACACCCUACAGUGUGUGCUUUCCAUCAAUCUUUUUCUGGAGAAAAUGUACCUCAUAUUUUGGUGCUGGCUGAUCAUGUUACUAGUUUUUAAUGCUGUUAACCUGUUCCAGUGGAUUAUGAGGUCCAUCCUGCCCCGCACGGGAGAAGAUUUCUUCUCCAAGUAUUUCCUGCUCCUUAAUAUCAAUAAGAACAAGGAGAGCAAGCUGUUCAAAAAGUUUGUUAGAAACUACCUGCGGACAGAUGGCGUGUUUAUGAUGAGAAUUGUUGCAUCAAACAUUGGGGACAUGCUGGCCCUGGACCUUGUGAAUCAUCUUUGGAAGAAAUUCAAAGAUACCCACAGCUUGAAAGAGGAUGAUGACAUUGGAACUAAUGAAAGAACAAAUGGCUUACCAAAAAGUCCUUCUGCUCCAGUAAUAGAAGAUGGGGAUGAUGAUCUCCCCUUAAAAAGGCUUGAUUAAAAAAAGUGAUGUAUUAAAAUAAAUGUUGAUUUAUUUUUUUUUGUACUUUUUAAAGUAUAUUUUAACACUUUUUGGGACAAAAUUACUGUAGGCUAGUAUUGAAUGAUAUACAAAUAUAAAAAAAAACAUGUACUAUUGAUUUGCCAGUAAUUUAAAAAUAUUUUCAAAUGACUUUUUGUUGUUAUCUAAACAAUUCUCGAGCAAAUUUUAAAUUCAUUUUACUCUCACCUGUAAAAUGUCAUUAUUCUGAAGCUAGUAAAUCUGAAUUCAACCAGCAUGACCUGUUUACAUAGUAUGAAUUAUUUUUAUGUGUGUAUACUGUAUUAUAAUUUUUUAAAAAGUAAUUUUAAAUUGUUCCUUUUUUGGGGGGACAAAUAAAAUACCAGUAUCACUAAUUGUCAUGUUGGUUUCAAACUUUAAAAAAAAUUAGUCCUGGAUUUAUUUUUUGGUCCAAUUUAUGAACACAAAAAAAGUUGUUCUGCUCUUUCAUUUUCUUCUUUGUUUUUUUUUCCUUAUCUCUGUAAUUAUUAUUUUCCCUUAUGCUCAUUUGGUUCAUUAAAAUGAAAUACAUUGUGGCUGAGUUAAGUUUUUGUUACCAUCUAAUCAUUGCUCCACAAUAAACAUGUUCAUGUUUUUUAAGUGCCUUACUCAACUGUGAUUGCACAAACUGUUAUCCAUUGUUAUCUCCAUUUAUGUUUAAAAACAAACUCUUGGUGACAUUCUAAUAUUUUGAUUAUCAAUGCCCAUUCAAGUUAAAAUUCAAUCAAACUUUUGAUGUAGUAAAGAAAUAUUGUUUUAUUUUCUUACCCUCAAUGUUCAAAUAGGAAUUCAUUUUGUUUUUUUACUCAGGCCAUUGCUUGUUACGAAAAGGCAUUCUUUUUCUUGUUCAUUUGUACUCAAAUAUUUUAUAUUCAGUUUCAUUCCAAUCAAUGCUUAGUAUAGUAUGUUAUAUAUAUAUAUAUAUAUAUAUACAAUAUAUGUUGCUUUCAUAUAUAUAGAUAGAUAGAUAGAUCUAUAUUAUUAUGCAAUUUUGAAUUGUCAAUCUGUUAUAACAAAGUAAUAUUUAAUACCUAUUUUAUUGUGAGUAAAACUCAAUAAGGGUUCUAUUGCCCUUUUUUGUCUAGCACAAAUUUUGUGGUUUGUGUUAAUUUUUCUGUUCCUUAUAACAAAGUAACUCAAACGUCUAUGGGAUAGCAUAGUUGUAUUGUUUCAGAAUUAACUCAAUGAACUAUUCAGUUGAAGACAAAUAUUUGAUGUUUCUUUUUGUUAAUGUCAUACAUUUAAUAAUAGGAUUAACAUAGCAUUAGUAUAUUUUUAGUGAAAGUUUUUUCCUCUUUUGUAAUAGUCUUACUCUAAGACGUUUUUCUUUUUGUUGUAUUUAUUUAAAAAAUAUUUUUAACAACUUUUCAUAUGAGUUUUUUUUUAUAUUUCUGUUGUUUGUUACAACUAAGAGCCACAAAAACAAAGUGCCCCUUGCAUUAAAAUUCUGUCCUCUAUUUGCCUAAGUGUUGUACAUCUAUGUCAUUUGAUCUUCCUUUGAUUCAAUUUCAUUUGUGAACUUCUCAUAAACAUAAAUUUAGUACUUCUGACUUACAAUAUUCAUAUAUAGAUUAUUGAACUCCUCCAUUCUUUAAAGUGUCAGAAACAAAGUUGAUUCCAAAGAGUUGAGAAAAAAAAUCUCUCAUGAUUGUACUUCAAGGUUUAGUGGCCACCAGAAAAAACAAAAUUGUUGAUGGAGUGAUGAUAAUCAUAAAUUCAUGUGGUCAGGAAUGAAAUACUGUCAGUGGCUGUACACACCUUCACAACGACCUCAUGUCAAAGGUUAAAUCAGGAAGGUGAAGAUAUAUAUAGUAAGAGAGAAAAAUCUAAUCUAAUGCUAAUUCAAUCAAUCACUGUAAAUAAAUAUUUUCAUUCACUCAUGUUGCCAAAGUUAGUUGUGGCCAUCAGAGAAAGCAGUUUUCAUUCCUUAUUGGUAUUCUUGGUAUUCUGUCUUUAAGAGAGCAUAUUUUCAAAUAGGUUAUGCAGUUGUGAAAUGACUUGAAGUUGUAAUAGCAUUUACUUCUUUCUGAUCCCUGAAGUCAGACUUUGUCUUUAUAUGUGUCAAAGUAUUUUUCUCUCCAGAGUGUUGACAUCAUGUGGGAAUUUUCUAAGUCUGAACAAAGGUAAAUAGAUCUAGAUAUUCACAAAUAAUUAAAGCUAUCAUUCAGGGAUUUUUAAAUGUAUAAUGUGCUAAAUCAUUUAAAAUGUUUCAAUCUCAGAAACCAAAAAUGCCUCGUGACAAAUUUAACUUUUUAGACCAUUAUCACGUUUUGGGUUCCUCUGAGUACAAUUUCUCAUGUUUUUACAAUAUUAUGCAUCCAUUUUCUUGAUUUAUUUAUUUUUUCUUACUUAAUUUUAUAAAAUACAGAUUUGAUUCUUUUUUUAUUAGUUUUUUUUCUGUAUUUCUAUAUUUCAUUCAAUCACAAAGUCAUGUAAAUAUUCUCUUUUGAUAUUUUUUUAAAAUUCUAUAUGUAGCUUACCAACUACAUCUUUGUAUAUUAGAUAAUAUAAUUGUGUUUAUUUAGAUGUAAAUGAAACAGAAAAUGAGAAGUAACAGCCUUCUUGAAAAACAAAUUUUUAAACUAAGCUUUGUUCUUGUGGACUUUUUCUUAGUCUUUGCUUGUCCAAACAUUUUUUGCUAUAGUAUUCCUACUGAAGUUUACUUGUGGAAUUGUGUCCAGCAUAUUUUGUUCAGUAUAUUCUACAAAUGCAUUUUCUCAAUAAUUAUUGUUGAAUUUGUUAAACUAUAUCAGUCAUAAAACAGAUGUAGAAACUCUGACAACUGUUUUGUUCUGCUGACACACCAUAUAUUUGUACUUAGAAGCAAACUUUUGUUUUCUUACAAUCAAUCUUUUGUAUAGUUUAAUUGUUUUGUUUUUUAAAAUUCAACUUUUUAUUGAAAUGUGCAUCAAAAUGUGAACAAAACCAAGGUUCACUCUGCAUUCACAGUUCUUGUUCACAUGCCGAGUCCUCUCAAUUGUUCGUUUCUUACAACUUGCAAACUGUGUUCCUGUUUUUAAUUAUUUAUCUAUCUUAUUUUCUAUGAAGCUUUUCUUUUUGUUAUUAACAUACAGCAAUAUCAAUUAUUAAGUAGAACUUAAAUAAUGGUUUUGUAACUGAAAAUACAAUUCUAUAUUAUGGCAUUAACAUUAUUUAACAUAGUGCUACUUUUGUAUAUUUUUUUGUCAAACGUUUGUUUUUCGUCGUGAAAUAUUGUUCAAAUGUUUGGAAUAUUGAGAAAAAAAGCAUUCUUCCAAUAAUAGCUUUACUCAUCUAAUCAUGAUUUUGUUCUCAGAUACAAUGCAGAACUUUAAGAAAUUACCAGAUCAUGUUCUUAUAUACCACUAUAUGUACUUUUAUUAUUGAGUUGAAGUCAACUCUGUCAAAAUAUCCUUUCGUUCUUUAUUUUGUAAUAAUCAUUUAUUGUACAUUUUUUAGUCUUAUUAAAACCAUUAUAAGUGUUUUUGGUUUAAUUAUUUUGGUUUCAAAUCCUGUGUUUUGAAAUUGCCUUGACUUUUUUAUUUAGAUUUGCAUUUUCCUAAAUGUCGCCAGUUCCUCUUUUCAACUGGGUCGUGACCUUCUAAAACCAGGGAGUAAGAGAUCAUAGCCAGUUUGAUUGACCUUUAUAAAUAUGAUGGGAGGGUAAUAAGUAGCUUUUAAUUGGUUUCCCUAACCUUCCACACAGUUCAAUGCCAUCUCCCUCAUAAUGUCCCCACCCUCCACCAUUUGUAGGCCCACUCGUGCAUGUAUAUAGUCACCUUUUACAUGGACCCUGUCUAAACACACAACUUUUGUUAAUGACUUACUUGACAUAUUUAUUAGCAUUAUUAGCAAAGUAGGUGUUUUUUUUUUGUUGUCUUUAAACCCAAUUUUCUAAUUGAACUAAUGCAACUAUUAGCAUGUUUAUGUUAUUUUAUAACUUGACUUUUCACACAGUUGACUAUAGCACAAACCUCUGACCUUUACAUUUUGUAUUUUCUAAAUCUCCAAUUUUCAAAGCUGAUUUUAUGUGAAACCAUUUUAAGAUUAUUUUUUUUUAACAUUAAGAAGAAAAAGUUUAAUUCAAUUUGUAUAAUCACUUACAAAAUGUUUGGUUUCUGGUUACAUUUAGGACAGUAAGAUGGGCUGACUUUUAUUGUGGAUACUCAGAUAUUAAUUAGAUCUAAGACUUCAUAGAGACAGAAAAAAGUCAUUGUGUUUGACUAAGUCACAUCCUACGUGAACGUUGUGCUGACAAGACAGACAUGACCCAAAGAAAUGAAAAGUUACUCAAGCCACCACAUGACACUGAGAAGACAAAACUAUUAAAAUGGCGGAACUAAGUGAAAAGAACAAGUUUGAGCAAGUAUUUCUGGGUUAUAACACCUUCUCCCCCACCCCCUUUUUUUCAGACCUUGCAAUCUUUAGGAGCAGAUGAUUUAAAUCUUUUCUGCUUCUAUAACCAAUGGUUAAUGAUGGUACCAUGUGGCCAGCACAGUGACCAACUACCUCUUAUAUAUCAUAGCUAACUAAUGAAUAAAUAAAAUAAACUUUGUUAUUAUUUGGUUUCAAAUAAAUCUCAGAUUUUCCAUUCUCUUAGAUUUGUAUUCUGGUGGGUAUUCUGUCAAGUAGACACUGCUUUUCUUUUUAAAUAGUACAUUUCCUGAUGAACUUUAAUCAUUUUAGAUCUUGUUCAGUAAGAUACUUUGUAGACAUUAUAUGUGUAUUUAUGAAUAUUGUUUAAGAUAGCUGUAGUCUAGCUUCUGUUUAAUCAAUAAUGUUUGAUAUUGGACCAUGUGUGUAUUCUUAAUGUAGACUACAGUAUGUAGCUAUUCGAUUUAUACAUCUCAUUAUACAUCUCAUUAGCGGUUCAGUUUUGAUUUAAGUUUUUAUUUCAAGUACUUACACACAUCAGGUUGGUGCUAGCUGUAUACAAACUUAGACUAAAUCAAUCCAUGUUUGUGUGGACUAAAUUGAAGAAUUGCUUUGAAUGAUAGGAAAGAAAAUACAAACAGCAAAAAAAAGUUCACUUGUCACAUUUAUAGUUUGUCAAUUUUGUUUGACUCUAUUGAGAGGAUUUCUUAAUGAAUAUGAAUUUUAUGUUUUAAUUUAUACUUAUUAUAUAUCAAUUAUAUUUAUGGUUCCAAAAGUACAAAAUAUUUCUUGAAUAAAAUAGUCUUUUAAACUAUUAA